AACAAUACAAGCAAGAGUGAGUUGUUGGUCGAAACUGUGCGAUUUAAAAGUGACUGCCAUACAAAUAUCUGUGUUUCGGUGGUAAAGAGGCCAGUAAUGACCACAACGACCAACUCUUCAGUUCUUAAAGAUGUUGUUGCCUAUGUUGAUGUGUGGUCAGCCGACAAAACAGGAAACUACUCAAAACCAUUUGUUCAGCAGCUCCUGGAAAUGGGAGCUCAGGUAUCAAAAACCUUCAAUAAGCAAGUCACACAUGUAGUCUUCAAAAAUGGUCAUCCAGCAACGUGGAGAAAAGCCAAAAAAAGUAAUGUGCAUCUCGUCUCUGUUCUGUGGAUAGGAAGAUGUUAUGAUGAUGGCGUGCGUGUGGAUGAGAAGUUAUAUCCAGCGUUAAAUGAUGAAAGCAAUCCUGUGCUGAAGAACAAAAAACAUCGUUGCAUGCAGCCAAAAGAUUCUCCAGAGAGGACACCUGAAAAUGACAGGCGCAUGAGGAAGAAAUUAGAUAAGAUGAUGAAAGACCUUGCUCCAAAAGAACCAAUAGUUACAGAUGUGUCACCCAUCAUUAUUGACGAGGAGAAUGGAAUAGUUUAUAGCCCUGCUUUUAAAAGGUCAGAAUAUAUGGCUCAGCGUUUGAAAGACAUGAAAGAUAAACGAGAAAACCUUUCACCCACAGCUUCACAAAUGGUUGAAUCUCCCUCACCCACCAGAUUGAAGCCUUCUCUUGGGAGCUCACCGAGUGUCCUCAAAUUAACAUAUGACCAGUCAGACGAUGAUUCCAGUGCUUCUGUUCCUGAACUUGGUUACUCACCUGAUAAGGAAGAGGGGAGAACACACACAGAUGUCAGAGACCAUGAACAUCUUGAGCUGUCCCACAGGAAAGACUGCCUCUCACCCAGCCAUCAUGUGGCUGAACAGGUCAUAAGUGUGCCUGCCUGCCCUGACUCUGAGCAUGAAGAAGGAAAUAAACAAAAAAAGUCACGGAGGACCUUGGUUAGAAAAAAAGAAAUGGAUAAAGACAAAUCAAUAGAUUUUUUACAAAGUCCUUGUCAGGACAGGAAGUCUGACAACAGUAAGAACGUUCAGAAAGAAGGAACCCAAUCACAGAUAAAGUCACCUAAAUUAACACCUAAUAAAUCUGAGAAAAGAAAACAAAAAAUCACAAAAGUAAACUCUAUAGCAGAGACCAAAUCCCAUAUUUUUUCUGACACUCUGGAAUCUGCUAGCUGCCUCUCAUCACCUGUACGAGGUGGUGCUGCUUCAGGACAGAAAAAACCCAAACGGGCUCGACAGUCAUUUUCGGCAUUGGUACGAUCUUUCACUUCAUCCAGUGAACACAAAUGUGGCACCCCCGGUACGCCUGAUGGAGUUGAUGACAUGUUUGAGGACUAUUUCUCUUCAGCUAAACACAGCCAGAGAAAACAAAGACCUCGGUCACUUAAUCUACCGGUGGCAAGCGAUAUUAAAAUACCUUUUAACUUGGAUCCUCUCCCAACGAAUAAAAAACAAAGAAGUGAAAUCUUUGGACCAAAGGGUCAAAAAAAGAGGAAACUGGAAGAAAGUGACACUGGUAAACAUUUUGAUCAGCAGUCUGAAACUAGCAUUGAAACCCAAACUCAUCAAGGGGAAGAAUCUUUGCCUAUGUUAGAUAGUCCAAGCGUUAAUAAAAAGCCAACAGGAAAAAGGCGAAGACAAAGCACCUCAACAUUUACAACCAUCGCUACAACUGAAACAACAGAAAGAAGUGCAUCGUCUUCAGGGCAACAAACUACGUUGCCAGAGUUUAAAGCUGUGCCAGAGCUGCAGAAAAACUCUGAUUUCAGUGUUCCUUCUCAGAUUGUUGAAAGUAGAGGAAAUGAAUGUACAGUUGCAGCUGGUUUUGCAGAGAGCCUAACUGAAGCUGAAGGAAAUCACAAUAAGCAAGUCAGCUUGACUCUACAGAAAAUGGUUAACAAAACAAAGGCACUGAGAACACUCGUCAUGACAAGCAUGCCUACUGAGAAGCAGAACACAGUGGUUCAAGUGGUGAAAGCACUCGGUGGUUUUUUAAUUGUUGACCGUGUUUGUGAAAGCACAACUCAUGUGGUGUCUGGGGAACACAGGCGGACUCUCAAUAUUUUGCUGGGUAUAGCUCGUGGCUGCUGGAUCCUCUCAUUUGAAUGGAUACUCUGGUCUUUGGAGCAAAGGCAGUGGAUUCCAGAGGAGCCGUAUGAACUUUCAGAUCAAUUUCCUGCAGCACAGAUCUGUCGUCUCCAGAGGCACCUGUCUGCUGGGGAGCACCAGCAGGACCUGUUCCAAGGUCAGCCUGCCAUGUUUGUGUCUCAGCACUCGCAGCCGCCCACGCAGAACCUGGUGGAGCUGAUUGAGCUCUGUGGAGGGACAGUCUGCAAAACUGUGCGGCAGGCGGGAAUCUGCAUAGGGAAAUACAGCGGCAGGAGGCCAGAGGGAAGCAGGAUCCUGUCUGAGCAGUGGGUGUUGGACAGUAUCACACAUCUGAAGCAGCUGUCAUACGAUAACUAUGAGCUGGAGUGACCACCACUGACUUUUCUUAUUUUCUCUCUUUUUCCUAUUUUUCGGAGUAUGAAGUGUAGUUUUAACAAUUGAAUGUGUGAUGGUGUGCGAUUGUAUAGUUUACCUCAUUUCUUCCAUGCAGUAUUCAUCUUGGUCAGAUUUCUUAUCUUUUUUGACUUCAUAGAUUUUUUUUUAACCCUUUGGGACUGUUGAAUAAGAAAUAAUCUCAGUUACUGUGAAACCUAAAACGCUGUUUUUCUUACUUACUUAUUUACUGUCCUGGGUUAAAGUAGCAAGCACUACUGUGUAAAAAUGAACAAAAUAAGACAA